CCGGUGCGACUGCAGUGGACAGCUGGAGCGGACAGGGCGUUUGGUCACCUGAAGGCUCUGUUUACCUCAGCUCCCGUGCUGGCGCAUCCUGAUCCUUCCUUAGCAUUCAUAGUUGAGGUGGACGCGUCCGAGGCGGGGAUAGGGGCUGUGCUGUCUCAGCGCUCGGGUACGCCACUAAAACUCCGCCCCUGUGCAUUCUUUUCGAAGAAGCUCAGCCCGGCGGAGCGAAACUAUGAUGUGGGGGACCGGGAGUUGCUGGCUGUUGUCAUGGCUCUGAAAGCGUGGAGACAUUGGCUUGAGGGGGCAAGACACCCUUUUCUCAUUUGGACUGACCACCGCAAUCUGGAAUACAUCCGGGCGGCGAGGAGAAUGAACCCUCGCCAGGCAAGGCCGGUGGUGGCUGGUCCGCUCCAGCAGUCUGAGGUGCGGGAGGUCCCUCCGCCCCCUCUUGACAUCGAGGGGGUCCCGGCGUAUACCGUAAGGGCCAUCAUGGAUUCUAGACGUCGGGCGAGGGGCCUUCAGUACCUCGUGGAGUGGGAGGGGUACGGUCCGGAGGAGAGGAGCUGGGUACCGGUGGAGGACAUUCUAGAUCCAUCCAUGCUACAAGAGUUUCACCGUCUCCACCCGGAUCUCGACUCGUCGGGCUUCCACGCCUCAGCCGGCUUGUCCGGCUCCUAUGCCUCGGCCGGCCCAUCAGGCUCGCCCAAGUGGGACACAGGGUGGCGCCCCUAG